AUGGCGGGUCAAAACGUGCUGCCGUGUGUCGCUGCUGCCUUAUGGUUGUGCGUUCGUUUGGCGUGCGUCGAUGGCCAGUGGAUCGAUGGUGUCGGUGAGCUAGCGGUCGAUUACUAUCGGGCAAGGGAUGUGAAAUCUGUGACCGCUUUGGGCUGCUGGAACCACACGGAACGGCACAAGUUUUUCCGUACCUUCACCCGGGAUGGAGGGAUGUUGGUACAGUUCGUGCCCGACCUGGCCGUCGUGUACCCGAACCAGUACUCGAAGGGAGGAAUGCUGAUCGACGCGACGUGUGAGAGUGUGCUGAACGAGAUGCGACAAAUGGGUCGUGAGCUGAAUAAACUUUUGGUGGGAAAUGUGUACUGGCUGUUCGUGGAAAAUCCCCCGAAUGACACGCACCGAAUGGCCGAUGAAGAUUUGCUGGAGUAUUUGGUGGAGCUUUACAACGAUCGAUUUCGCUUGCUCGACACGAUGCCGUACACAAACGUGGUGAUUAGAGUGCGAAGUCCCGUGACCGACGGCUGGACGCUGGUGGAAGUUUUCAAACCCAACCGCAAUGCCCGUCUCGUGCCGGAAGUGAUUGUCACCGAGUACGGAACGAUGUGCGGUGGCGAGAGCUUGCUUCGGAAGAGCUUAGCAAAGUUAAGCGCACGGAGCGCGGCUAGAAGGCGUAAUCUGCAAGGAUAUUCCAUGCCAUGUGGAAUGGCGAUAACUUCGCCGGAGUAUUUUAAAAGCCUGGACGACCGGAACGACGUGCACGAUCUGUAUACGAAGGCGAACUUUCCGUUCAUCCGCGAGCUGAUGUAUGACCUGAACUUCACGCUGAACAUGGUGCAGGUGGACGCGGGCGGGUACAAACGCAACGGUACGUUUAGCGGUCUGAUGGGUAAGUUCCAGAACCGCUCGAUCGAGCUCGGCUGCAUGGGAUGCCUGAUGCGCACCGAGCGGCUGGAGGUGGUCGACUUCAUGGUCGUCACGUUGAUCAUCCGGAGCAGCAUCAUCUUCCGGCAGCCCCCGCUUUCGAUCGUGUCGAACAUCUUCGAGCUGCCGUUCAGCGUCGGCGUGUGGCUGUCGUGCGUCGCACUGAUGGUCGUCUACUGGAUCGCGAUGGUGGCCCUUCGGUGUUUCUAUGGCGCGGAGCGAUACACCGUGAUCGAGUCACUCAUUUACCUGAUCGGGGUCAUGAGCCAGCGAGGCAACGAGCUGGUGCCACACUUCAACGGCACCCGGUUGCUGAUGUUCUCGUUCCAGCUGACCAGCUUUUUUAUCAUCACGUCCUACUCGGCCAGCAUCGUGGCCCUGCUGCAGAGCCCGAGCCGGGCAAUCAUGACCGUGGGCGACCUAGUGCGGUCUCCACUGCAGGCGGGCGUCAUGGACACCAGCUACGGGCGCGUCUACUACACGGAGACACCGGAUCCGGACGUACAGGAGCUGUACCGGAGGAAGAUUCGGCCGCACGGCGAACGUUCCUUUAUCGAGCCACCGGAAGGGAUUGGUCGCGUCCAACACGAGCUGUACGCCUUCGAGGCGGAAGUGAAUGCCGCCUACAAGGUGAUAAAGGAGACGUUCGCACCGGAGGAGGUCUGCAAGCUGCACGAGCUGGAGGCCCUCAAGCUGCCACCGUUCGGCAUACCGAUCGUCAAGGGAAGCAAGUACCGGGAGCUGAUGCGCCAGCGCCUGAUGUGGCAGCGGGAGGUCGGCAUUAUCAAGCGGUUCAACAUCAUCUGGAUCCACCAGAAGCCGCAGUGUGAAAAUCCCACCGCCGGCUACACCUCGGUCCGCUUGGUGGAGAUGCGUUAUUUGUACUGCUUUCUUGCCGUCGGCUUUCUGGCCGCCCUGUUGGCGCUCGCAGUCGAGAGGACCUGGUUCAAGGAGCGGUCCGUGUGGGCUCGCCGGGGCCGGAAAAUAAUCAAAGCCAAACAGGCUAGAGCGAGGGAUUAA